AUGAAUGAGCGACGAAAUCAUAUUGGCGAGGUAUGCAAGACUACCUUCAACUGGAUCUUCGAUCCAAUGGAGCAGGGAGACAAUGGUGCGGCCAUCGAUGGUCAUGUCGAGACAAAGUCUGAAUGGCUCCCUGGCUCAAACCAGCAGAAUCCCAAUCCAACCACUCACACAACAUUCCGUGCAGGUGGUUUUCUGGAUUGGCUCCGUUCUUUGCAUCAGCCGCUCUUUUGGAUUAGUGGCAAGCCGGGGUCAGGCAAGAGCACUCUGGUCAAAUUCCUGCUCGAUGAUCACCGAACGAGAGCGAAUUUCGAGGUCAACUUACCACAUGCGACAAUCAUUUCCCACUUUUUCUGGCUUCCUGGCAACGCAAUGGAUAGGAGCACUAAAGGAAUACUGUGCUCUCUGAAUCAUCAGUUACUAAGCAACAGCAACAAUAACAACAACAACUAUUCCAACGCCUUUCACUACCCAAUCUUUCCAAGCAUAAAACUGAAAGACAACCCCAGCGAUUGGUCGAUAAAGGAACUCCAGGACAUCUAUGUCUACCUCUUACGAAAGUCAGCCCGUCCUAUUCUCAUCUUUUUGGAUGGCCUAGACGAGAUCGACCCUUCCGACGGACCUUUCUUUUUACUUGGCCUUCUUGAUACGGUGUGCAAAAUACCAGGGGUGAAAGUCUGUACGUUCAGCCGACCCGAGCCAACCUUACAACAAUAUUUCAACAUGACACCAUCCUUCCGAGUGCAGGAUUUCACAGUGAGAGACAUACGAAACUAUGCGAGGAAGAGGCUUCGGCUACAAAGUCUCACCAGUUCUCAACGCCUCGACGAUGAAGAGUUCGAGAAGCUCAUAGAGGAGUUUGGAGACAAGUCAGAUGGAAUUUUUCUGUUGGCGGCUUUGACUCUCUAA